GCGAGGCGAAACGAGGCAAGGCGCUGCGGCUCGGGACCCACGGAGCGGCAGACCGAGCGGCCCCUGCGGCCGUCGGCGGCCAGGCGGCCUGAGAUGUUGUCCGGGAAGAAGGCGGCGGCCGCGGCGGCGGCGGCGGCGGCCGGCGGGACGGAUGCUGGCCCAGGGGUGGCGGGCGGCGCCGAGAAUGGCUCGGAGGUAGCCGCUCCGCCCGCGGGCCUGGCGGGCCCCACCGAGGUCGGACCGGGGGCGGCCGGGGAGCGCACUCCGCGCAAGAAGGAGCCUCCUCGGGCCUCGCCUCCCGGGGGCCUGGGCGAACCGCCGGGGUCCGCCGGGCCUCAGGCCGGGCCCACGGCCGUGCCCGGUUCUGCGACCCCCAUGGAGACAGGAAUAGCAGAGACUCCGGAGGGGCGGCGGACUAGCCGGCGCAAGCGGGCGAAGGUAGAAUACAGAGAGAUGGAUGAAAGCUUGGCCAACCUCUCAGAAGAUGAGUAUUAUUCAGAAGAAGAGAGAAAUGCCAAAGCAGAGAAGGAAAAGAAGCUUCCCCCACCACCCCCUCAAGCCCCACCUGAGGAAGAAAAUGAAAGUGAGCCUGAAGAGCCAUCUGGUGUGGAGGGCGCAGCUUUCCAGAGCCGACUUCCUCACGACCGGAUGACCUCUCAAGAAGCGGCCUGUUUCCCAGACAUCAUCAGUGGGCCUCAGCAGACCCAGAAGGUUUUUCUGUUCAUUAGAAACCGCACAUUGCAGUUGUGGUUAGAUAAUCCGAAGAUUCAGCUGACCUUUGAGGCUACUCUCCAACAACUAGAAGCGCCUUAUAAUAGCGAUACUGUGCUUGUCCACCGAGUUCACAGUUACUUAGAACGUCAUGGUCUUAUCAACUUUGGCAUCUACAAGAGGAUAAAACCCUUACCAACUAAAAAGACAGGAAAGGUAAUUAUCAUAGGCUCUGGAGUCUCAGGCUUAGCAGCAGCCCGACAACUGCAAAGUUUUGGAAUGGAUGUCACACUUCUGGAAGCCAGGGACCGUGUGGGUGGACGAGUUGCUACAUUUCGCAAAGGAAACUAUGUAGCUGAUCUUGGAGCCAUGGUAGUCACAGGUCUUGGAGGGAAUCCCAUGGCUGUUGUCAGCAAGCAAGUCAAUAUGGAACUGGCCAAGAUCAAGCAGAAGUGCCCACUCUAUGAGGCCAAUGGACAAGCUGUUCCUAAAGAGAAAGAUGAAAUGGUAGAUGCAAGAAUUUAAUCGGUUUGCUAGAAAGCCACAUCUUACCUUAGUCAUGCAACCUAGACUUCAAUGUUCCUCAAUAAUAAGCCUGGUAGCUGGGGUAUACCUGUUGUUCUCGUAGGUACAAGAAAACAUUCAAAGACCGAACAGAUGAAAUUGGAAGAAGAAAUAGUGCAAACUCAGGAAGAGCUGAAAGCACUCUUAAUAAAGAUGGUUAAAUUGGGAAAGAGAAAAUUAAGAGAUCAUCAGGCAAUAAAAGAAGCGUCUGAAGUGAAGCUCCCAGAGAAUAUCACUGCUGAGUUUCUUGUGAAAAGCAGCAAGGGAUUGACCGCCCUGUGCAAGGAGUAUGAUGAUUAGCUGAAACAAGGAAAGCUAGAAGAAAAACUUCAAGAAUUGGAAGCCAAUCCACCAAGUGAUGUGUAUCUCUCGUCAAGAGACAGACAGAUACUUGAUUGGCAUUUUGCAAAUCUUGAAUUUGCUAAUGCUACACCUCUGUCCACCCUCUCCCUUAAACAUUGGGAUCAGGAUGAUGACUUUGAGUUUACUGGCAGCCACUUGACAGUGAGGAAUGGGUACUCAUGCGUGCCAGUGGCUUUGGCUGAAGGCCUAGACAUUAAGCUGAAUACAGCAGUGCGACAGGUUCGCUACACAGCUUCAGGAUGUGAAGUCAUUGCUGUGAACACUCGCUCCACCAGUCAGACCUUUAUUUAUAAGUGUGACGCGGUUCUCUGUACCCUUCCCCUGGGUGUGUUGAAGCAGCAGCCACCUGCUGUUCAGUUUGUGCCACCUCUUCCUGAGUGGAAAACGUCUGCUGUCCAAAGGAUGGGAUUUGGCAACCUUAACAAGGUGGUGCUGUGUUUUGACCGAGUGUUCUGGGACCCAAGUGUUAAUCUGUUUGGGCAUGUUGGCAGCACGACUGCCAGCAGGGGUGAGCUCUUCCUCUUCUGGAACCUGUACAAAGCUCCAAUACUAUUGGCCCUCGUGGCAGGAGAAGCGGCGGGCAUCAUGGAGAACAUAAGUGAUGAUGUGAUCGUUGGCCGGUGCCUGGCCAUUCUCAAAGGGAUUUUUGGUAGCAGUGCAGUGCCCCAACCCAAGGAAACUGUGGUGUCACGUUGGCGUGCUGAUCCCUGGGCCCGAGGCUCCUAUUCCUAUGUAGCUGCAGGAUCAUCUGGAAAUGACUAUGAUUUAAUGGCUCAGCCAAUCACUCCUGGUCCCUCAAUUCCAGGUGCCCCACAGCCAAUCCCACGACUCUUCUUCGCUGGAGAGCAUACAAUCCGGAACUACCCAGCCACAGUCCAUGGUGCUCUGCUGAGUGGGCUGAGAGAAGCAGGACGCAUCGCAGACCAGUUCUUGGGAGCCAUGUACACCCUGCCUCGCCAGGCCACACCAGGUGUCCCUGCACAGCAGUCUCCAAGCAUGUGACAGAUGCCUUCUGAAGGAACAGGCCUGGUAUGUCUUUUGCCAUGUAAGCAAAGCUCUUCUAGCAAUACCAGAUCCCACUGAGAAACUCCUGCCCUGGCACCAGGCUCAGCCAGCAGCUGCGGUGCUCCUGAGUCCAUAAUGGAGACUGGCUCCUUUGACUGACAGCACAGGGAGGAACCUGUCCACUACUUUGGAAUUGUGUUCUUCAUAAAGACAGAGGCAAGCAAGUGCUGCGAGAUGUCUUAGUCUCUCAGUGUUUGGUGUUUUUUGUUUUUUUUUUUUUAUAUUUUGAGAAUAAAACUUCAUAUAAAAUGAGUCCUACCUUGUUUCAUCUUUG